GGUUUCGUAACCCUUUGUUUUUUUUUUGGCUUUAAUCAGAUCGACACUUUGCCUCUGCCAUCACCGGAGCUCUGAGACUUCAUCAACAACUCCAUAUCUCUCAUUCUCUCAAGCUUUUAGUUUUACUCGCAGUUGCUGGACAAUGAAGAAAGGAUUGCACCCACAGAUGCAGUGGAUCUCUUAUGUAACACAGAGUGGUAGAUUGAUGCACGUGAUGAUGACACGAAUCCACCAUGUUGGCAAAGUCUAUCACUUUGGAGCUAAGCGUCAAAUGGCUCAAAGCAUUGGUCAGAUUGCCAAGUUCAAGCGUAGGUUUAACGAGCAAGAGGCAGAAGCAGCCGAAGAGAACAACAACGAGCAUCAGAAGAAGUAGCUGUAGUCCCAACUCUUUUAUCCCCUUUCUAUACCUUUCCUCAAAAACCAAUCCGAAAAAGCUUUUAGACUAUUCAUUUACUUUAGCAACUAUGAAUCUUGUUUUGCUUCAAGUGAUUCAUUUUCACUCUUCUGAACCAUCUCUGUUUCGUCAAUAAAGAACCUAUCUUGUUCCCUUUUUGCAAUGGAUGUUAAUACAUUGAUAUAUCAUC